AUGACAUCUGUGGCGCUGCUUAUCAUCCUGGGAGUCCUUUCAGGAUCAAGUCAUGGCGCGGGAGUGCUCCCCGACAGUCUCGUUGCAGUCGUAGGAGAAACGGUGAUGUUCAACACAAAGUUGACUCCAGCGCCAAACCCAGUCCCGGUUAUCACUUGGAGAGUCUUGUAUAUUUCUGGUGCCGCUGCUGUUAUAAUAACAUCAAGCGGCGUAAAUGUGACGUCGCCGGCAUAUAAAGACAGGAUCACCCUCUUUACUCAAACUGGAUCCCUGGAGCUGAGGAACGUGACCCUGAGAGACAAUGGAGACUACAAGGUGGUCAUCAUACCUGCUGGUGCAGCCCACCAGGGAGGAACAUGCAAACUUCAAGUACAAGAACCGAUCACCAAUGUGGUCUUGGUUCCAAACACCACUGACUUACUGGAGUCCACCAGCUCUGUCACUAUGACUUGCUCCUUCUCUACUGGAUCAGGACUUUCAUUCCUUUGGUUCAACUCCAGCUCUGAGAUCACAGCCAGCGACAGAGUUCAGCUCACUGACGGAGGCUCCAAGCUCACCGUAGUCGGUGUGACACGCUAUGACCUGGGACCGUUCAGGUGUCUCGUGUUUAAUCUAGUCAGUAAUAGCACCAGCAAUCCAGUCAACCUCUUCAUCAGCUAUGGCCCAGAAAACAUCGGUUUGACUACAUCGCCGUCACUAGAAUACUUCAAAAAAGGGUCGGACAUCAGACUGUCCUGCUCCGCUUCAUCCAGACCUCCUGCGUCCUUUCAGUGGUUUCUCAAUGGUGACCCUUUGUCCACCACUGGACCGCUGUUAGGACUUACAAACGUUCAGGAAAACCAGAGCGGGAACUACAGCUGCCGUGCCUCCAAUAACAAAACUCAGAAAUAUCAGACUCGGCUCUCAGCUAUUACUAUAGUGGCACCGAUUUCCUCUGUAGAGAUCACGGCUAAUGCCACCGACAUUUUGGAAUUCAGUGGUUCCGUCAGCCUAUCCUGCUCCACCACCGGGUCCUUGGCCUCGUUCUUCUGGCUGAACAGCAGUUCUGAAGUCACAGCCAGCGAGAACGUUAAAAUUACCAAUGGAGGUUCAAUGCUCACCGUAGUCAACGUGACUCGCUAUGACCAGGGGCCUUUCAGGUGUCAUGUGAUCAAUCCCAUCAGCAACGGCACCAGCAGACCAGUCGCCCUGUCUGUCAUCUUUGGGCCAGAGAAUAUUCAUUUGAUACGCUCUCCCUCCCAAGAACAAUACGACGAGGGUUCGGACAUUAGCCUUGUGUGCUUGGUUGACUCAGGUCCUCCCCCAGUCUUCCGUUGGUUCAGAAAUGGAGACCUGCUGUCCCACGCUAGACCGGAACUACAACUUUUGAACAUUCAUCUGGAUCAGAGUGGAAACUACAGCUGUCAGGCCUUUAACAACAAAACCCUGAGGAAUCAAACGUCGGCGCCUAUAGCUAUUUCCGUGACAAGAUCAGAAAUCUCCAAUGUGGUGAUCAUUCCCAGCAGCACAGACGUGGGAGAGUUCAGCAGCUCCGUCAGUCUUUCCUGCUCUUGUCGUGGAUCUUUUCCCAGUUUUUCUUGGCGGAACGGCAGUGCCGAGUUGGCAGCCAGCGAAGGGGUCCACAUCAACGACAAAGGUGACGUCGUCACCUUAACUAACGUGAGCCGCUAUGACGAAGGACCUUUCAUGUGUUUGGUGUUUAAUAACUUCAGCAACUCCACCAGCCGUCCUGUGAAACUCUCCAUUAACUAUGGGCCAGAAGGCAUCGAUUUGAAGUUAUUCCCGUCACAAGAAUACUUUGAGAGAGGGUCAAACAUUAGCUUGACCUGCUCUGCUGCAUCCAGACCUCCUGCCGCGUUUCAGUGGUUUCUCAACGGAGACUUCCUGCCUGAAACCAGACCGGUGCUCAAGCUGACGAAUGUUCAAGAGAAUCAAAGUGGGAACUACAGUUGUCGGGCUUUUAAUAGCAAAACUCUGAAAGACCAGACCACCCAUCCAUCAUCCAUCUUCAUACAGACACCAGUUUCCAACGUGGUUCUCACUUCAAACGUGACCGUGAUGUUUGAGUUCCACUCCGUCACGAUGUCCUGCUCCUUCUCCACGGGAUCAGGACUGGCUUUCCAUUGGUUGAACGGCAGCUCUCAGGUCACCGCCGGCGAGAGGGUUCAUAUGACGGACGGCGGGUCCGGGCUUACCAUCGUCAACGUGACCCGCUUCGACCAGGGCCCGUUCAGGUGCAACCUGUCCAACGGCGUCAGUGAUGAAAUCAGCUGGCCGAUGCAUCUUUUUAUUCAGCAUGGACCUGACAGCCUGACUAUGGAAGGCCCGGACUCGGUCCACGUGGGACAACACAUAAUGCUCCACUGCUCCACCAUGUCCGUACCGACAGCGAGCUUUACGUGGCUAUUUGACGGAAACCCUGCAGGUGCGCACGGGCCUGUGUACCUGGUCAAUUCCAGCAGGGGCUCUGACGCUGGGAAGUACACCUGCACAGCCCAAAAUGCAGUAACAGGAAAGAGUGUAACAGGACACCACGAGUUACACGUUUUGGAUUUCUCCGACUGUGACUGCUCGGUUGCUGCCGGAAUAGUUUCUGCGAUCACCAUUGGGUGUUGCCUUCUUAUCGCCAUAGCGAGCGUGUUGUUGGCAUUUGGGCUAAAAAGACGGAGAAGGGUCAGCACCAGAUAUCCAACACACAAACGAGCAAAAAGUGUGAGGCUGGGUCACACCGACACGUACAGAAUCGGAGCGAAAUCUCAAAGCCACGUGUAG